UUGUAGUCGUGACUUUAAAGAUCCUUCUAAUUUGAGGCGACAUCUUCGGACACACACUGGCCAUACGAAAAUAAAGUGCGAUACUUGUGUGAGGAAACCUUUUCAAGGCCUGAUAAUUUGAAAAAGCAUCAGAAGACAGUUCACGGUUUGAGGUUAGGACGAGGGUUAGUUAGGUAGUUACAUUGAUCUAUUAAUGUCUAGGUUUUGGUAAGGUUAGUAAAUCGGUGGCAAUGACAAGGACUCUCGAAGUCCACAUUAUCUUUAUGUUGGGUUAGGUUUGUUGUGUGUUCUAUGUUCACGGUUUUGACAAGGACUUCUGUCCGCAGUGCUUGUGCUCAAGGUUUCAGGUUUUGACGAGGGCUUUUCAGUCCGCAGUGCCUGUAUGUUUUAGUUUUAGAUUUCUUUUUGACGACCAUGGAGAGAGACGGAGAGGUUUUGGUAACGGUUCACCUGGAGGUUUCGGAAGUGUUGUUCAGAUAAGUUUUAAAAUUAUCUUGUGUCUUUUGUUGUGAUUCUUGUGUCUAUCGUUAAAUUGACAAAUUCACUCAUGCCUUUCUUUUAUUUUUGUUCUUUCAGUGGUAACCCAUCUGCACCCUCUAAAGAAAAGGAAGGAGAGUCAUUUUCAUGCCAGUUUUGCAGCAAGGUCUUAGGACAUAAAAAAAAUUUGCAACGUCAUGUGCGAGCUUCUCACAAUGACAACAUCACAAUUUCACAACAUCAGAAUAUUGACAAUGGAAACUUUGUAUGUCCAGCUUGUGAUGUUGCUUCAAGUUCGUACAUUGGACUUAUUUCACAUCUUGAAGAGCACCACGAUUAUCUGAGUGGAGUGUUAAAGCUCUUUCCAAUUACUGCUGAAGUUGACUCACCACCCCGUGAUGAUAUGGAGGCAAUUAUCAAAACUGCUGCCAACAUGUCGGACAAGGACAAUUUUAAGGUCCCUGAUGAAGUUUUCACACGCAUUGAAACCAUGUGGAGAAGUGAGGCAGCAAAUGCCUUUAUUGACAUGGUGGCCCAAAAAAUGGUUUUAGAAAACAAACCUUGA